AUGUGCAACUCUCUCGCCUCCAACCUCCUCAAGCCCGGCUUCGCCGACGCGGCGCUUGAUCUCGCCGAGAAGGCGGGCGGGCUCCACACGUUGCCACGGAUGAUGUGCGACGGCCUCGCCGCCAACCUCCUCAAGCCCGGCUUCGCCGACGCGGCGCUCGAUCUCGCCAAGAAGGCGGGCGGGAUCCACACGUUGCCACAGAUGAUGUGCGACAGCCUCGCCGCCAACCUCCUCAAGCCCGGCUUCACCGAGGCGGCGUUCAAGGUUGCUAGGAGGGCGGGCGGGGUCGACCAGCUGCCGGCCUUGAUGUGCAACGGCCUGGCAGCGCGCCUCUUCAUUUCCGACUUUACCACCGACCUCCACGCCAUCCUCGACAUCGCCGAGGAGCUCAGCGUUGACGUUCCAAUGACACUCGCGCGGCUCGUGAAGCAAGAUUCGGAAUUUUUGGACUACGUCGAAAAAGCGCAAGGCCAUCAAUGGUGGAGCCUCGUCGCUUCCAACUACAUCUCGAUGCACCGCCAGUCCAAGGCCGCCGAGGGCGGCGGUGGCGUCGGCAAGCGCAAGGCCGCCGGAGGCGGGUCGGGCGGCGGCAAGCGCGCCAAGCCGCAGUGGGCGGAGGGCCAGCUUGUGGAGGUUCAGGGCGACUGCGGCUACAAGGGCUCGUGGUGGCCGGCGAAGAUUCGGGAGAUCGCCCCUCCGCCCAAGCAGUCGGCCACGGUCGUCUACUCCUACAACGGCACGGAAACCGACACCGUCGCGAAGCGUCGCUUGCGCCCGGUGCCUGAGGUGGCGCCGCUCGCGGAGAAGGAUCUGGGGGUGGGGAGUGAGCUUGAGUUCUUUUGGAAGGGCGAAGCAUGGUGGGAGAUUGUGGUGACUGAGAUUCGCGGCGACGGCGCCAUCCACGUCUCGUGCUGGUCGGGGGCGAACGAGUACUAA